UUCCCCUCUCCCCCCACCCCCGAGUUUCCCCCUACUGCCCUCCCCCACCUUCAGCAAGCAGGUCAUGGCAUCAGAAGCUGAGAAAACCUUCCAGCGAUUUGCUGUCUUUGGAGAGUCAUCAAGCAGUGGCACUGAAAUGAACAACAAGAAUUUCUCCAAGCUGUGCAAAGACUGUGGCAUCAUGGAUGGCAAGACGGUCACCUCCACUGAUGUGGACAUCGUGUUCAGUAAAGUGAAGGCCAAGAAUGCCCGAACCAUCACAUUUUCAGAGUUUCAAGAGGCCAUGAAGGAACUGGGCCAAAAGCGAUUCAAGGGGAAGAGCCCAAAUGACGCCCUGGAGAAUGUUUUUAAACUCAUGGAGGGCAAGGACCCAGCCACCACUGGAGCUACUAAGGCAACCACAGUGGGUGGUGUAGACCGUCUGACAGACACCAGCAAGUACACCGGUACCCACAAGGAGCGCUUUGAUGAAAGUGGCAAGGGCAAAGGCAUUGCAGGACGGGAAGAGGUGACUGACAACUCUGGCUAUGUGAGUGGCUACAAGGGUUCUGGUACCUAUGAUAAGAAGACCUCCAAGUAGAGAAGCCUCAUCGUAGCCAGCUGCCCCUAACCCUGCAUCUUUAACACCAGGGAGCUCAAGAAGCAAUAAACAUCUGUGUGUGCAGCAACGAAUGAGUUCAGUCUUGAUGAGGGUGAGGGACCAAUUGUUGCAGUGUUGGAGAGAGGGAGAAGAGAGAGUCUAAGGAGUCAGGCAAGCCAGACGUCCUUUACCCUGUCUGGCCUCACGACUACCACAGUAAGUUAGUCCUCCUCUCAACUUCUAACAACAGGAUGAGGAAUAUACUUGGAGAUAAGAGA